GCGGGGCAAGCUUGGUAUAUAGAGACAUGACCAGGGUCUAGUCACUGACAGAAAGGUUGGAGCGGACUUACUUCACUAAGAUCCAGAAGUUUGCAACAACCACAUUGACCUAACAAGGCUUACGCUACCACAAGGACUAUGCCAAGAAUGGAAAGGUUUCAGCAUAAGGAGCUCUUUGGUCCAUGGCUUCUCAGGCAGAUUAACAGUAAUCUAUUUGAAGGCGUUUACUGGCUGAACAAGGAGAAGACAUUAUUCCGCAUCCCUUGGAAACAUCUAAACAUAAAGACUAAAGAAGAAAAGGAUUAUGGGAUAUUUAAGGCCUGGGCAGUGGAGAGUGGCAAGUAUAAUGAACAGUGUGAGAAUCCCACCUCUUGGAAAACGAACUUCCGCUGUGCUCUUAAUAGUGUUAUCUGCAAUGACAUGAAAAUGUUUACUGAGGUAGAAGAUUAUUCAAGCAACCAACAAGAUCCCCAUAAGAUAUACAGGGUCAACAUUGUGCCUGUUGUUCCGCUCAGGCCGGCCGCUUAUUAUACCGCAUUCAGCACUCCUGACACUAACCUGGCAGAACAAAAUACACAGAACAUGCCUGAAGAAAAUGACGAGGAAACACUCCUUAUAAGUCCCAAUGACACAAAUAUUGAGCCAUUUGAUGUGAAUAGGACAGAUCUGGAUUUACUUGAGGAGAUACUGAGGAACACCAACAUAUGUUCUAAUUCAGCAACACCUCUUACAACGUCAGACUCACAGAAUGGGUUUCCACGAGAAAAUGGACUUGAGAAUGUUGACCAUCAAAUUACCAAUGGCGUGUACACGGAACAAAGCAAUAUCUGGUCACCUACUAAUGGUUAUGUACCACAUAUACCAGCCCAGACAUUUAACAAUGCAGUUUAUAACCAAGGAGUAUAUGUCACACAGCUUGACACAUCAGGAAAUGGCUACCACCAAGAGCAAUCAGUGCUAGACCUUGUCCAGCAAGCUUCUCAUGAUGUCUAUAAGGAAAUCUGCACUCAACAACCAAUAACUAAUAGCUUUGUACCAUCGAUACACUCCUCAGCCCAAGAGCAUAUUCAUCAAAUAUAUCCACAAGCAUCAGAACACAAUUUGUAUGAUGUUGUACAGAAUGUACCACAUGUCGAAGAAGUCUACAAACCAGCCACCAAUAAUGAUAUAUAUCGGGAUCCUACUGAGCAUGAGACACAUGCAAGAGCUGUGGAGACAGCGCCCCCUGCUGUCCCUAACGCCUGUGCAGAUCCUAUGGCUAAUCCAGAGCCCGCUCAGGCUGCUUCUACACAGACCCAUUGUCAUGGGAACAUUCCAUUACUCACUUCAUGGGAGGUUACAGUCUUCUAUAAAGGGAAGCAAGUUCUCCAGAAAAGUGUGUCCACACCAUUUGCCAUAAACACAGGCGUCAUAGACAGUCAGAUGGGACCUGUAGACGUUGCUUGCCUUCCUUCAGCUGAUGACUUGGUGGACCAGACUCAGAUCCACCUAACCAAGACCAUCUUGGACAAUGUAGGAGGAGGUCUACUGCUUGAGGUCAAUCCACAAGACUUUAAACUAUAUGCCAAAAGAGUAGGCAAAUCCAGGGUCUAUUGGUCGAUGUCUGCAGACUGUGAUACCAAUGGAAAUGAGGGAACAUUGCUGCAAAGAGACAUUCAGGCUGAUAUCUUUGAUUUCAAUAAAUUCUGGGAAGAUUUGGGAGCCUACAAGAUGCAUCAGAGGUCAUCCCCAGAUUAUACCAUAUACAUGUCCUUUGGUCAGAGCCUGACAAACCCUAUAAUGAGGAGGCUGGUAUUGGUCAAGCUCGUUCCUCAUUUUGCUACUUACUGGCAUGAGAUGAUGAAGAAAGAAGGGGCCUCAUCGCUCAACCAAGAACUCAUCAGUCUGCAGAUUUCGAACGGGAGCUCCUUCAGCUCAGAGCUAGACCUGUGUUUAAUGGACAUUGACUUCUCCUGUUUGGUGUAAUCAGAGAUGAUAUUAAAGGUUACAUGUUAUGCUACAUUAUCAAUGACAUAUAGUCCAGUGUAGUAUACAACAGAGUUGAACUGACCUGCCAGAGUAACGGAGGGUCUUCUGGUGGGGUCAUACCCUAGUGGGAAAAUUCCUAUUCGCUCUUUAUUAUUUCCAACAUAAGCUUCUAUACCAUUUGGCAAUGACUACAUCUAAUUGUAGUGAGAGUGGGCCCUGGAUGUCCGUUUCUCUGGGAGGCCCAAUCCAAUGCCGCUAUAUACGAUGAAUCAUUUCCAUAUACCACAAGCAACAAAAGUCUUGGUUCACCAAUGUGUGAGUGAACUUCAGAUUGAGAAAAUUGUGUAUGUGCUGCUAAUGUUAGAUAUCUCUGGUAGGUUUGGGACAACCUUAAUACCAAUCGUAAUAACUCAAACAGUUCUCCAAGUCCUCUAAUCAGGACUCUCCUGCUGAAGAUCUGACGGGCAGAUGUAACCUCCACUCACUAACUUGUAUUAUAUCAUCUAUUUAUUAUUAUAAUCCUUUGAUAGCCGUCCAAAUACAUGAAAACCAUAAGCCCUGCUGUAAGGCAUAAUAACACUGCGACCCAUAAUAACACUGGAAAUCAUGUUUUAUCUGCUGAAAAUGUAUCUGAUUUUAAAAAACACGUCCAUGUAUGUCAAUAUAUCUGCUGCUGAGAAACCAGAGCACAACUAGGGUUUUAUGUAUUUGGAACACUUUGAAUGUAACCUGUGCAAAACAUUCCAUUCAAUUACAAUUCUUAGCGAGAAAAACAUAAAAUUGUAGCAUAUACCUGUUCUUACUACAGGACAGAAUUCUGGAAGGAUUUGCUGAACAAGAAUGUCUGCAAUUGUACAGAGAGUUCAUUUUGGUAAUACUAUGUAGAAAGAUAAUUUUAUUGUACAUUGAUGAAUGGAUAUGAAGAGUAAUGAGUUUUUUUUCCCCCCAAGAUCCAUGCAACUAUAUCCAUAGAUACAUACAUUCUACUGUUCUUACUGUUUUCCUAUUUACUGCUGUAACAACAUUUAAGAUUGUUGUUAAUAAAGUAUUGGUAGUUCA